UUAUCAAUUAAUGAAUAAAGAAAAGUAUGAAUGAAACUGCCACCAGGUCUUUGUCCUGUUAGAUUCCAUCUUGUUCUGUGUUUCUACUCUACAAGCUUUUCUCCUUAACACUUUAUUUCCACAUGGUUCGAACGUGUGAGUAUGAUGGUGAUCUUGUUGAACUGUGUGACCCUGGGAAUGUACCAGCCCUGUGAGAACAUCGACUGCUCCUCAGACCGAUGCCAAAUACUGCAGGCUUUUGAUGCAUUCAUUUACAUCUUCUUUGCCCUGGAGAUGGUUAUCAAGAUGGUCGCCCUGGGAAUCUUUGGUCGACACUGUUACCUCGGGGACACGUGGAACCGACUGGAUUUCUUCAUCGUCAUGGCAGGGAUGGUUGAAUACUCGCUGGACCUGCAGAACGUCAACUUCACCGCCAUCAGAACAGUGAGGGUACUGCGGCCUCUCAAAGCAAUCAACAGGGUGCCAAGCAUGCGAAUCCUUGUGAACCUGCUGCUGGACACUCUACCCAUGCUGGGUAACGUCCUCCUCCUCUGCUUCUUCGUCUUCUUUAUCUUCGGCAUUAUCGGCGUGCAGCUGUGGGCAGGGCUGCUGAGGAACCGCUGCUACCCAGAGGAGAACUUUACACUCACUACGGGUAUCACUCUGCCUCGGCCGUACUACAUGGCUGACGAAGAUGACGAGCGACCCUUCAUCUGCUCCCUGCCAGUUGACAAUGGCAUCAUGUCCUGUUCUGAUGUCCCUGCCCGCCGCGGAGGAGGCAGGGCGUGCUGCCUGGACAAAGACGAUGCCCUGUACCGUCAGUCACUGGGCCUGAGCCCCGAGCCUCUGGCCAAUGGCAGUGUCAGUGUGGCAGGACUCUGUGUCAACUGGAACCAGUACUACACCAGGUGUCACACUGGGUACAGCAACCCCCACAAAGGAGCCAUCAACUUUGACAACAUCGCCUAUGCCUGGAUUGUCAUCUUCCAGGUGAUCACUCUUGAAGGCUGGGUGGAGAUCAUGUACUAUGUGAUGGAUGCUCACUCCUUCUACAACUUCAUCUACUUCAUCCUACUGAUUAUUGUUGGGUCCUUCUUCAUGAUUAACCUGUGCCUCGUGGUCAUCGCCACCCAGUUCUCAGAAACAAAGCAGAGGGAGCACCAGCUGAUGCAGGAGCAGCGAGCACAGUGUUCGUCCUCCUCCACCCUGGCCAGUGAACCCGGGGACUGCUAUGAGGAACUCUUCCAGCUGGUAUGUCACAUCCUCCGCAAGGCCAGGAGACAAACUGUGGUCCUUUUCAACACCCUGCGGGGGAAACCACGCGGCUUUCGGGGUGUCGGAAGAGGAAGAGGAGGUGAAGAAUGGAGGAACAGGAAAGCCAAUGGGAAGGGAGGACGUGAGAGGAGAGCAGUGACGAGGCACGGUCCACCCUGUCCCCACCAUAGCAGACCUGACCAUGCAUCACCCGUGGCCCUCACCGCCACGUCUGCCACCGAUGGCUGCCCUCAGUGCGCCGCAGCCCUGUCGCUCGCUGAUGGGGUUGGACCAGCUCGCAGUGCAAUAAAUGACGAAGCAGAAGAAGGAGCUGUAGAGGAAACGGACAGGGAAGGGGGACAAUCUGGUGGUAAGGAGAAGGGCGAGAAUGACAAGGAAGGAGCAGGGAGCCAUGGAGGCUGUCUUCCUAAGAAGGGAUGCAGGGAGAUAUGGCAUGACAUCAGGAUGAAGCUGUGGGGAAUCGUGGAGAGCAAGUACUUCAAUCGAGGCAUCAUGAUCGCCAUCCUGAUCAACACCAUAAGCAUGGGCAUAGAGCACCACGAGCAGCCAGAGGAGCUCACUAAUGUUCUGGAGAUCUGCAACAUCGUCUUCACCAGCAUGUUUUCCUUGGAGAUGAUCCUCAAACUCACUGCAUUUGGCUCCUUCAACUACUUGAGAAACCCCUACAAUGUCUUUGAUGGAAUCAUCGUCAUCAUAAGUGUGUGUGAGAUCAUCGGCCAGUCCGAUGGCGGUUUGUCUGUGCUGAGAACUUUCAGACUGCUGAGGGUGCUGAAGCUGGUGAGGUUCAUGCCAGCUUUGAGGAGACAGCUGGUGGUCCUCAUGAAGACCAUGGACAAUGUGGCCACCUUCUGCAUGCUGCUGAUGCUCUUUAUCUUUAUCUUCAGUAUCCUGGGGAUGCACAUCUUUGGCUGUAAGUUCAGUCUCAAGACAGAGACCGGUGACACCGUGCCUGACAGGAAGAACUUUGACUCCCUGCUCUGGGCUAUUGUCACUGUUUUCCAGAUUCUGACUCAAGAGGACUGGAAUGCAGUUUUGUACAAUGGUAUGGCAGCCACUUCACCACUUGCUGCUCUUUACUUCGUGGCCCUGAUGACAUUUGGAAACUACGUCCUCUUCAACCUGCUGGUGGCCAUCUUGGUUGAAGGCUUUCAGGCAGAGGGUGACGCCAAUCGUUCUUAUUCGGAUGACGACCACUCCUCCUUUGAUGAGAGCGAGAAACACGACUCCAUAAAGUUGUCUGACCCAAGGAUCUGCACACUGACACCCAAUGGUCACCUGGAGCUGGGGGCUCUUUCAGGGCCCAGGGGAUCCUACUCCUCAGAGAGGCGGAGUUUCACCAUGGAGUCCAGAAAGAGCAGUGUGAUGAGUCUGGGCAAGAGCAGCCUGGAGAGACGCUCCCUUUCUCUGCGUCAUGGUCGCAGUCCCAACUACCACAACUGGGGGCGCCCUCUCCCUCCACACUCAGCUUGGAGCCGCAGGUCUAGCUCAAACAGUCUAGGUCGGAGGAGCUACGGGUUUGGUGGGGCUCCUCUGGUGGGAGGCAGCCUCCGCGUGCACAGCACCCGUUCCCCCCACUCCUACACCUAUGCCGCCGAGCAGGAGUCCCUUCUCUCCCACCCACCCCACUCCCAUCAUGGUCUACCCCCUCAUCAUCCGCCUCCGCCCCCGCUGUUCCUCUCCAGACACUCUUUUGCCAGAAGGGAUCGACGGGCUCUGUCCCUGGAGCUUCCAGAGCUGCUUCGGGCAGGUGGACAGCCCCCGGGCCUGCCCCCUUUCCACCCGGAUCAUGGGAGGAGGACUGGGUCUGGGGCAGGGGCAGGGGGAUCCAUCACUGGAGGGUCUGGGGCUGGUAGUUUAGGAGUGGACCACCGGGAUUGUAACGGCAAGGCACCGGGUCCCCACACGCAGCUCAUGACUGAGGUUUUUCCUCAAGUCAAUGCACGCAAGGACAGAGCAGACCUGGAUGAAGAGACAGAUUAUAGUUUGUGUUUCCGUAUCCAGAAAAUGAUAGAGGUGUACAAGCCAGACUGGUGUGAAACUAGAGAGGAGUGGUCCGUGUACCUGUUCUCCCCUCAGAACAAGUUCAGACUGCUCUGCCAGUCCAUUAUUGCCCAUAAGCUCUUUGACUACGUGGUUCUGGCCUUCAUCUUUCUCAACUGCAUCACAGUGGCUCUGGAGAGGCCCAAGAUAAUGCAAGGCAGUCUGGAAAGGCUGUUUCUCACUAUUUCCAACUACAUCUUUACUGCCAUCUUUGUUGCGGAGAUGACUGUCAAGGUGGUGUCCAUGGGUCUGUACCUGGGGGAGAAAGCCUAUCUGAGGAGCAGCUGGAACAUUCUCGAUGGUUUCCUCGUGUUCGUGUCUCUGAUUGACAUUGUGGUGUCCAUGGCGGGCGGGGCUAAGAUCCUGGGGGUUCUGCGGGUACUCAGGUUGCUCAGGACGCUGCGCCCCCUCAGGGUGAUCAGCAGAGCUCCAGGGCUUAAGUUGGUAGUCGAAACCCUCAUCACAUCCCUCAAGCCCAUCGGCAACAUCGUCCUCAUCUGCUGUGCCUUCUUCAUCAUCUUUGGUAUUCUUGGUGUUCAGCUCUUCAAAGGGAAGUUCUACUACUGUGUGGGUUUCGACGUGAAGAACAUCACUAACAAAUCUGACUGCCUGGCUGCCAACUAUCGAUGGGUUCACCACAAAUACAACUUUGACAACCUUGGACAGGCUCUAAUGUCCCUGUUUGUGCUGGCCUCAAAAGACGGCUGGGUCAACAUCAUGUACCACGGACUGGAUGCAGUGGGGAUAGACCAACAGCCUUUGACCAACAACAAUCCAUGGAUGCUGCUCUACUUCAUCUCCUUCCUCCUGAUCGUCAGCUUCUUUGUCCUCAACAUGUUCGUGGGUGUGGUGGUGGAGAACUUCCACAAGUGUCGCCAGCACCAGGAGGUGGAGGAGGCCAGGCGACGGGAGGAGAAACGCCAGCGUCGAAUGGAGAAGAAGAGGAGAAAGGCCCAGAAGCUACCCUAUUAUGCGUCAUACGGCCAAGCCCGCCUGGCGAUCCACACUCUGUGUACCAGUCACUAUCUGGACCUGGUCAUCACCUUUAUCAUCUGUAUCAAUGUCAUCACCAUGUCUCUGGAGCACUACAGUCAGCCCCAGUCCCUGGAGACUGCUCUGAAGUACUGCAACUACUUCUUCACCUCCACAUUUGUGAUUGAGGCCACUCUGAAACUGGUGGCCUUUGGCUUUCGACGCUUCUUCAAGGACAGGUGGAACCAGUUGGACCUGGCAAUUGUUCUGCUGUCAGUAAUGGGCAUUACCCUGGAGGAGAUUGAGAUCAACGCCUCCCUUCCCAUCAACCCCACCAUCAUCAGGAUCAUGAGGGUACUCAGGAUAGCAAGAGUGCUGAAGCUGUUGAAAAUGGCAACCGGGAUGAGAGCUCUGCUAGAUACAGUGGUCCAGGCUCUGCCUCAGGUGGGAAACCUCGGUCUGCUCUUCAUGUUGCUGUUUUUCAUCUACGCAGCUCUGGGAGUGGAGCUGUUUGGAGAGCUGGUGUGUAACGCUGACUACCCGUGUGAAGGAAUGAGCCGACAUGCCACCUUUGAAAACUUUGGAAUGGCCUUCCUCACACUCUUCCAGGUUUCCACCGGCGACAACUGGAAUGGCAUCAUGAAGGACACACUGAGGGAGUGCCCACCGAGUCAUCCUGACACUGAUUAUGGCUGCCAUGCUGGACUACAAUUCAUCUCCCCGAUGUAUUUUGUAUCAUUCGUGCUCACGGCCCAGUUUGUCCUGAUCAACGUGGUGGUGGCCGUGCUGAUGAAGCACCUGGACGAUUCCAACAAGGAGGCGCAGGAGGACGCUGAGAUGGACGCAGAGAUCGAGCUGGAGCUGGCUCAGGGGGGCCUCUGCUGCAUGAUGGGGGGCAUUGGCGCCAUCGCUGGAGCAACAGGUGCCGCUGCGAGCGGGGCCGGCGUGGGCGGAGGAGCGUCCAGUGCAAUUACAGUGGGGACAGUCGGGGGUACAAGUAGCGGGGUGAUUGCACCACUACGAGAUCCAGGAGGAGGCGGUGCAGCUCAUGAGGGACACACACACCGUCGAUGUCGGCUCUACUCUCCUGCUCAGGAGAGCCAGUGGCUGGACAGUGUGUCUCUGCUGAUUAAGGACUCGUUGGAAGGGGACAUGAUUGACAACCUGUCUGGUUCAGUUUUCCACCACUACUGCUCGCCUCCUGUCUGUAAGGACUGUAAGAGUCAUCCACAAGAGAUCCAGCUGGCGGAGGUGGAGCAGGCAUCACUGAUGUCAGAACAGCUGUCAGACAAGUCGUCGUCCCCGGCUCUGCCUGAUGACCUCAGCCUGGACGAACACAGCAGCUACCAGCUGCUGGUAAGAGACAGCCAGAGGGGCAGCAGUGACUCCCAUAGUUCGGAGGAGUUGCCCAUCCAGGGGGGCUACACGGGGCGUCAUCCCGCCAGCUCAGGAAGUGAGGAGAGCAUCCAGGAGUUGUUUGAGGUGGGCGUCCAUCCUCAGUUGAAUCCUCCCUCGUCUGAGCGGCCGAGCCCGGCACAUUACACAGAUGGGGAUGGAGGAAGCUGCAGUGGAGGCGGUGGCGGGUCUUCACCCGUCUUCCACCUACCAGCAGACUUCUUCCACCCAGCUGCCGCGGCUCAUCCGGGCAGCCCUGGGAGCAGUGUUAGCCCGGGAGACAGAGGGCCAUCCAGGUUGCCCUCCCCAGCCUCCUGGGCCUCCCUCCGCUCACCCGGAGCCAACAGCAGGCCCCUGAGCUCUCAGCACCCGUCCCACAGUGACUCCUCCCUGGCCACAGGCAGUUCAGAGGGCAGCCUGCAGACCACUCUGGAGGAAGGGCUCAGCUUCAGCGUGUCCCCACCUCGAGAUCUGGAUCUCCCCAUGCCUCACCUCUGCCCCCUCCCCACUCACCCCCUACACCCCCAGGGACCGGCCACAGGAGACCAGGGCCCUCCUUUAUUAAAGAGACGCAGUACUACUUUUACCCUACAAGCCACCAGAGGGCAUCAAAGAAGCCAGAGCAGCUGCGGUGGUGGCAGCACUAGCCCCGGCUGCCCCAGGCAGGACUCCAUGGACCCCUCAGAUGAGGACGUGGGCACGGGGACGGGUGGGGACAGCUGCCGCCAGACCCUCAACAGCGAACACUUGUCAGAAACACUGAACAGCCUCUCACUGACAUCACUGCUCACCCCAGGCUCUCUGGCGCCCCCGCUGGUGAAGAAAUGUAACAGCACAGGCUCACUGGACCAAACCAAUCUAUCGGCCCGGAGUAAAGAUGUCCGCCACCUUUGCGGCAUUGAUGCCCACGGUUACUUGUCCAACACCUGGACGGAGGGGAGUGCGAGAGGUGAGGGGGAGGACAGUGAUAUCACAGGCUUCAGCAUGAAAAGCAGCAGCCGGCCCACAGACACAAGCUCAAGGAAAAAUAGAUGAAACACUUGUUGCCUCUCUGUAGUGAAACUCUUUAACCAUUUGCAUUUCUGGACCUUGAGCUCAACAGGACGAAGAGACUUUUCAUACGUGUCCCGUGAACCCGAUUCUGAAACUCUCCCUUGUCUUUGAAUCGUCUGUUCUCUCUCUUUCCUGUCCGGAUCUGGCUGCUUGGGAUCAGUCAUUUCUCAAAAGAACACAGUUGCUUCUGAGUUUUGACAUCUUCUCUUUUCCACAGGAUAUGUGGCCGCUUUUUGAAAGAACUUAACGAUAUUGACAAGGGGCUUAGCCUCUUAGCAUAACCGGGAUUCAGCCUUGAAAGAUGUGGCAGUCCUGGGCUUUACAUUUAAGCCAUUCUGAAAUACAGAAUAUUUAGAAAGCCAUCAGGGAGACAGGCCUGAAAAUUACAGUGAUUGAUGAACAUUACUAAAGUGAUGUUAUUUAUAUAAAAAAAAAUCAAUUUCAAAAACAGAAAUUGCUUGACCCAACGUGCCCUCAACCUUUGAGCAAAAACAGUAUUGUCAACAUUGGACAGAUGGCAAACUGAAGCUUCUUUUGAGGAAGAACUGAACUUUGUACAGUGUUUUUUGUAAUAACCAUCGCUAACAGUAGCAUCGACCAACCUUUUUUCCUCUUUAGCAGAUAUGUUGGGUAACAGAGAAUUGAAAGGUCGUAUAUUUUCUGUGUUCUUUUUCAACUUCAAUGUAUUGAAGUUGUGUGAAUGUACACACGUCUGUCUCCGUUUGUGAGGGAGAGGGAGACCGAGACAAGCAAGGAGCCUGGCUAGUCUGAAAAUUGACAAAAGGGCCUCUUUGAAUAGAAGACUGGAUUUGUGACUGCUGCUGAGAAUACAUGUGGGUUGUCAGUGGAGCGUUGGCCACUUUCAGAGUGGACUCUUUGUGCUUUGUACAUACCCAUGAAAGGGCUAAAAUGUAUUGAGUGCAGACCUGGGCCAAAACCUAUUGGCGAAUAACACACUUGUAACCUAACACACUGUUUAAAAGUGUCUUUAAGGUACAUCCAUUAUUUUAAAAGGCUUUCCUGAUGAUAAGGGAGAACUCCGAAAUUAGGUAUAUCCUACACAUCUAAAGAUUUUCUCAGCAGCUGCACCCUUUUCUUACAUGUUAGAUGGGUAGCAGUGAUUCCCACAGGUAGAAAAUACACUUUGCAAGGCAGUAGGUAAAUGAAAUAUUAUAAAAAAGUUUAAAUAUAACUUUAUAGGUUUCACAACAGUAGAGACAGUUUGAUGUCUUACAGUUUUCCUUGAGUCCUCCAAGUUGUCCCUCUGCGCAACACAUCAACAGUGUCUCUGCUUUCACCAUGAUGCAGCAUGGCUCCAGGGAUGGCAUCGCUGAUCUGUCAAUCAGCCCACCAACCUGGUUUCCAGAAAUAUCUCAGCAACUACUGGAUGGAUUGCCAUGAAAUUUUGUUUUCCAUGGUGUCCAGAAAAUUAGGACUUUCCCAUUGCCACUUAUGGUUGCGCCAAAUCAAACGGUGCUCCAUUUCCCCACUGAAACAAGCAUGUGUUGCGAGACUCAACUCACCUCUGACUGUGCAGGAGACCAGAGUCUCUGUGUUCAGCUCUCAGUAAAAGCUUCUAACUGAAUCUCUGUGGUUCAGAGUUUAUUUUCUCUUCUGCACCCCUGAUUUUACUUUACAUAUCUGCCUUUGCUGUUCCAUGUUGGCUUACAGAUGUCUAGCAAUCAUGUUAAGUUACUGUUGAUGAAAACUUGCUGCUUCACUAUAAAAGCUUUUACAUAACAAAAAAAUGUAGAGUAGAAGCAAAAACAGUCACAAUGAGAUGUUAGAUGAAGAGCUACA